CGCGAAGGAGACGUGAACGUGAAGAGCUGCCAUCGGAGGGAAUAUUCCGUUUUCGUUUACAGGAAGCCUCCGUAUCUGGCUCGAACGACAAGAUGGAUGAAAUGGAAGAGGAGUUAAAAUGCCCGGUGUGCGGCUCGUUUUUCCGCGAGCCGAUCAUCCUGCCGUGCUCGCAUAGUAUCUGCCUGGCCUGCGCGAGAAACAUCCUGGUGCAGACGCCCGACGCCGAAUCCCCGCAGAGCAGCCGCGCGUCAGGCUCCGGCGUCUCCGAUUAUGAUUACUUAGACCUGGAUAAGAUGAGUCUGUACAGCGAGGCGGACAGCGGAUACGGCUCUUACGGCGGGUUCGUGAGCGCACCGACCACCCCGUGCCAGAAGUCCCCCAACGGGGUGCGCGUUUUCCCCCCUGCCGUUCAUCCUCCGCCCCAGGCGCAACACCACCUGCUGCCUCACACCGGCGUCCUGCCGCCGGUCCCGCGGAACUCCUGCCUCACCUGCCCGCAGUGCCACCGCAGCCUGACGCUGGAUGACCGGGGGCUCCGGGGCUUCCCCAAGAACCGUGUGCUGGAGGGGGUUGUGGACCGGUACCAGCAGAGUAAAGCGGCCGCGCUCAAGUGUCAGCUGUGCGAGAAGAGCCCCCGCGAGGCGACGGUCAUGUGCGAACAGUGCGACGUGUUCUACUGCGAUCCGUGCCGCCUGCGAUGCCACCCGCCCCGGGGUCCGCUGGCCAAACACCGACUCGUGCCUCCAGCGCAAGGCAGAAUCAGCCGCCGCACGAGCCCCCGAAAGAUCUCCACCUGCACGGAGCACGAGCUGGAGAACCUGAGUAUGUACUGCGUCCAGUGUAAGACCCCCGUGUGCUACCAGUGUCUGGAGGACGGCAAACACGCGACUCAUGAGGUCAAAGCGCUGGGGGCCAUGUGGAAGCUCCACAAGGGACAGCUCUCUCAAGUACUGAAUGUUCUGUCUGAUCGGGCCACAGAGGCCAAAGAGUUCCUGGUACAGCUCAGAAAUAUGGUACAACACAUACAGGAGAAUGGAGUUGAAUUCGAGGCAUGUUUGGUCGCCCAGUGUGAUGCUCUGAUUGAAGCUCUCAACCGCAGGAAAGCUCAGCUUCUCAGCAGAGUAACCAAAGAACAUGAACACAAACUCUCAGUGGUUCGUGAUCAGAUAUCCCACUGCACGGUGAAGUUGAGGCAGACCACAGGACUAAUGGAAUACUGUCUGGAAGUUAUCAAAGAAAACGACCCCAGUGGCUUCCUGCAGAUCUCAGAUGCUCUGAUAAGACGGGUCCAUAUGACAGAGAAUCAGUGGGGAAAGGGCUCUCUGACCCCUCGCAUGAGCAGUGACUUUGACCUGACACUGGACAGCGGACCCCUGCUGCAGACCAUACACCAGUUAGACUUCGUCCAGAUGAAGGUUCCAGCUGCUCCUAUUCUUCAGUUAGAGGAGUGCUGUACUCAAACCAACAGUGCGACUCUGUCAUGGAAACAGCCACCUCUCUCCACCAUUGCUGUGGAUGGCUACAUUUUAGAACUGGAUGAUGGGAAUGGAGGCCAGUUCAGAGUGAGUGUCACUACCCAAUUCUGUUACUUUCUUUUUUUUUUCUCCUUCCACCCCUCUACAUUUUCUGUCCUCUGCAUUUCUCUGCCUUUUCCAUGUUUCUUUAUCUCUCCAAACUUCUCUCGCUCUUUUCCCCUCUUUCUCUUGAUUUCAGUGAGUCUGCUUUCAUAUGGUAGUAAAACUCUGGCAGCAGUUGCCUGGUUCACCUUUGACCCUGCGUCAGCCCACCCCGACAUCAUCUUGUCCAACGACAACCUCACGGUGACGUGUAACAGUUACGACGAUCGUGUCGUAAUGGGCAACACAGGGUUCUCUCGUGGCGUGCACUACUGGGAGAUGACCAUCGAUCGCUAUGACAACCACCCUGACCCUGCGUUUGGAAUCGCCCGGGCUGAUGUCAUAAAGGACGUGAUGCUGGGGAAGGAUGAUAAAGCCUGGGCCAUGUAUGUGGAUAACAACCGCUCCUGGUUCAUGCAUAACAACUCACACACCAACCGUACGGAUGGAGGAAUACGUAAAGGAGCGACUGUGGGUGUGCUGCUGGAUUUCUCUCGUGGGAUUCUGUUAUUUUUGAUAAAUGAUGAGCAACAGGGACCCGUUGCCUUCAACACACUGGAGGGCAUGUACUACCCGGCCAUCAGCCUCAACCGCAACGUUCAGGUAACAUUCAUUUAA